AUGAGUCGCGUAAGACGAAAGAUCCUAUCGUUCUCACGCUUCCAACAGCUAGUGCACGAGGACCCGUUGAUGUUGCUCGAAUUCAUCGAGGAUGAGAAUUCCGAGAAGCUAGUUGACGAAGUCAUUAUGACGCUGGAGAGCGGGGGCGAGCCGAAGGCUGCUUGCGGUUCGGAUAGUAGCGCCAGAAUGGGCUGUAUAGAAGCGGAGCACUAUUCACGAGACCCCCGAAGGCCAACCUGUACGGUUAAGAUGAUGCCAGGCCAGAUUAGAGAAUCGAAUCCUUACAACUCCUUACAGAGCUCACACAGUUGUCUCCGGAUCGUUCCCAUGCUUGCUGAGGUGCGCAAUUAA